AUGGUUCGGGCUGACUGCGGGUGGGACACCCGUCCGGUAUGGGUUUUUGCGCCCGGACCAAACGAAUCAAUCACCGACCACCGGGAAGGUUUCUUUUACGUGUACACUUACCCUUUCACUCUCAAGCUCGACCCUCCGGUCAUCCUGGAAAUGUGUCGGACCUACGACAUGACCUUGACACAGAUUGGUCCGAUCGUUUGGAGGGUCAUAGCAUGCCUCCGGUUGCUGGCCAAUAAUGCCGGGAAGGAGCUUACGCUGGCCCACCUGAUACGUUUAUACUCCCCGAGGCUUUUCCGGGGUGGCGUAAUAAAACUCGCCAAGCGUAGCCGGAAUCCAUUUUUCUCAAAAAUGGACGAAGACAGAGACAGGGGCUGGCUGGAGCGAUAUGUCCGGGUGAAGACCGAGGACAUCAUUCCGGCUGAUUACAUGCCCUUCCCGGAGGAAUGGAACGACAAACCCAAUGGAUGCAUUCCUCCGGUCAUUCGCAAUCUGAGCGAAUGGGUUACUGCGCUCCUUAGCCAGCAUCCCCACGAUAACCGGACAUGGGGCCACCUGUCACGUGGCCGAUGGGUCGCCCAGAACCACGGUCUGCCUAAGGGCUCGGUGGUCCCUAGACCGGAAUCGGCGGCUGCUCCUGCAACGUCGGCAUCCGAGUUUGAUACAGCGGGCUCGUCCCGUAUUCUUGCCGAUGCUGCUAAGAGGAAGAGGCCCUCCGAAAAAGGGCAGAAGCCAAAAAAGAGGGCGAGGAGCGUCACUCGGUCUUUAAGGGACGAAACGGAGCCCGAUAUCAUUAUUCGGAGAGUCGGUGCAACCCCCUCCGUGGCUCCAAUCCCAGAGGAGGCUGUUUCCGUUCCACCCCUACCUUCUACUGGGGAAGGGCUUUUGGUUCCAGCUCCACACUCAGGUGCGGAUGAAAUUCUUUCCCCUGCUCCACUAAGGUCGAUUGACUUCGUCGACAUUUCAGGUGAAACUUCUUCAGAAGAUACUCCCCUACAAAGGACAAGAAGGCUCGGGGAGGCGGCCGCUGCUGAAGCCGAACAAAGGACUGAACCGGCCUCGGAGACCGAAGUCCCCAUAGAGCCUGCUACAACCACGGAGCCCCCGGCCUUUGCUGAAGACACUGAGGCUGCUCCAAGUUCCUCUACUCCGGCUCCACGGGUGGAUGAAUUCGAGGACAUGUUCUCGGGCACUCCUCCUGCAACCGGCGAAGCUGCAGGAUUCGGGCACCUCCCGAUCCCUCGGGCCACGAGGUCGGCCAGCCGGACCUCCGAAUCUGGUGCUAGGGACAGAUUGGUGAGUAUCUUCCCUGCCCCAAGCGUGGAGCGAAUAAGGACAAGAUCGGUUACGGUCACCGUCCCCGAGGACUGCAGCUUUCUUUCCCGCCCGGUGGGCGUGGCGAGCUAUUUGAGGCCUCUUGUCUCUUGGCAGUGCCUCAUUAACGAGGGCAUGCACGCGGGUAACCGGAGUGUGGUGCUCGUCAAUGAGGCCUUCGUCCGUGCCCAACAAGAAGUAGAUGAUCUUAAGGGCCAACUGGAUGCCCAGGGUCGGGAAAUGGAGAAAUACCUGCACCUUCUUAGGGAGAAGGAGGAGGAGUUGAACCGGGCGGCCGCUCUUUCCAACCUCCGACCCGAGAUUGACGCAGCUAAGGACGAAAAUCGUCAGUUAAAGAGUGAGCUGGCCGCUAUGGCCGAUUAUAAUCGGAGUCUCGAAGCUGACAAGAUCGGCCUUAGCCGGGAUAAGACUCAUUUUUCCUCGAGGCUAGAUGAGCUCGAGAUCACCGUUUCUCAACACCGGGGGAGCUAG